CGUCUGUCCAAGUUGGCCGGGUCUUGCUGAGCUGAUUGGAGCUGCCGACAUUUUUGCUGACCGGAGUCAUGCUAUCUUUGCCAGUUUGCUGGAAUAGACACAGACACCGAUUGGGUCACGCUGAAGACAUUCCUGUCUUGUGAAGCAAGUCUGUUUGUAUUUUAGGUUUGCCAGGACUAAUGAAUUAAAACAUUUGGACUCUCCACAACUUGCUGUUUAUCCAUGCCUCUGACAGGAGGAGGGUUUUCUUUUGCACUUGCUUUUUCUAGAAGCAUGACAACAUCCUGGCUGUUGGAGAGGCAAGGAAAGGAGAGAGGGGUUGUGGAGGGAAGCGGAACAGGGGAGGCCCGUGGGACGCGGGGGUCUGGGGGACAGCAGGUAGCAGUGGACUGCCCUGACAGCUGUCACUGCUCCUCAGAUUGUCAGGGGCUGCUAUGUAGCAGGUGCGGCCUGCGCUCUUGCUAGGUCUCCACUCCACAAAGGCAACGACUGGCCAAGGCAGUGGCUGGCCCUGGAUUACACAAGUGCAGACACUCAACUCAGUGAGGAACAGGUGGCUAACAAGAUGGUUGAUUCUAAGCAGAGGAGACUACACAGAAAUCUGGAAGACCCAGGGGAAGGCCAAGACUCAGGUGCCCACAUGAUCAGCACAGCCAGGGUACCUGCGGAUAAGCCAGUACGCAUUGCCUUCAGCCUCGAUAAUGCCUCAGAUGAUACACCUCCUGAAGAUGCCAUUCCUCUGGCCUUUCCAGAAUUAGACCAGCAGCUACAGCCUCUGCCGCCUUGUCAUGACUCCCUGGAAUCCAUGCAGGUGUUCAAACAGCACUGCCAAAUAGCAGAAGAAUACAAUGAGGUCAAAAAGGAAAUCGCUUUGCUUGAGGAAAGGAAAAAGGAGCUCAUUGCCAAGCUGGAUCAAGCAGAAAGGGAGAAGGUGGAUGCUGCUCAGCUGGCCCGGGAAUUCGAGGCUCUGAUGGAGGAGAACAGGACGUUGAAGUUGGCUCAGUCCCAAUGUGUAGAACAGCUGGAAAAACUUAGAAUACAGUAUCAGAAGAGACAGGGCUCGUCCUAACUUUAAACGAUCCAAUGUGAGCAUCAAAGGUCGGUGACUGCUGUGUGCUGGCCAAAGAUUUUUAUUUGAAAGGGAUAGUGUGUAAAACUUUAUUGUUUCUUUAUUGUAAUAAAAAUUACCCACGUGACAAAUGUCUAUCAUGAAUUUGACGCUUGCCAGAUCGAGUUUGAGAGAGGGCAUAUUUUAUUCUAAAUAAGAUGAUGAAAGCAAACCUAUUGCCAAUAUAUGUUUUCGGAGAUCAUGAUUCAUUUCCAAAGAUAUUUUUUUCUUCUUUAGGAAGAUGCGCUCAGACUGUACAUCAGGGUAGAAAAUGAUAAAAAUAGAGUACUGGCUGACUCGGCUGAGAAUCACGAACAGAAUUGAGCCAUGAAACAAACUAGUAAGAUGCUCACUGCAGUUUCCUAUCUGUGUAUUUUUAAAUUUCACAUCUUGAAUAUUUCAACUGUGCCCGAACCUGAAGUCAGAAAUGUCUGAGCACAUAUUUAUGUUCACCAGAGUUAGGUUUAAUCCCUCAACGAUGGAUUGUACUAAGAAUAAAUGGUUGCAUAUCAUAAAAGCUUUCUCAUGAAAAUAUUAGCAGAAAGCAUGUUUGUGCCAAAAGCACAUCUGCCAGUGCUGACUUGCUGUUGUAAUAAAAAGCUGAUAAGGCUGCAUUUUUUUUUCACGCCACGUUACCAGCCAGUAAACAUCUCUGCCUUUGCUUGUGUGUGUUCUGGGGGCAUGGGGGGGGGGAAUGAAAAAGUAUUGUUUGGACAUUACUUUGGUGAGUUCCCGUGAAAACAUCAGUAAGACUAUAACUAUGACUUUGUUUUGGACUUAAGGAGAUAUUUUGGAUAGGUAAUAAUUAAUAGGAAUAUAUGAAUAAAUUCAGGAAUGAAAUGAUUUUUUCUCUUGUUCUACCUAUCACCAUAUUUCCCCAAAUUGAUCUCUUUGUUUUAUGUCCAUUUCUAUUGAUGUAACUUCUUUUUCAUUAAACAUGAAUCAAAACCGUCA